CGGCAAAGCAACGAACUUUUAUACGACAGAGCGUUUCAAAUUUUCUCUCUCCAACAUUGAAUCAAUACAUUAAGGUUGUGGGGAUUUCUGAAUUGUUCUCAUUUUGAUCCCAUCAACGAGAAGGUACCAAUGUAUUCGUUGAAAGACAAGGUCACAGACAAGUUCUCACGCCUCUUUUCUGACUCCCCAUCUUCUGCAUCUCCAAACCCAGAUCAAACUCAGGCCAGGUUGUAUCCAAAGAAGGAGGGUAAAUCUUUAUCUUCUUUGUUUUCCUCCAUUCUUCCCCCUGUAAGUUUUGAUAGGUUCAGAUCAAACAAACAUGGAUAUGAAUUCGAACCACUUCAAUCACUUCCGAUUAGAUGGGGUGGUAAAAAUUCAUCACUGCAAGAGAACUCUUUGGACAGCUAUGAGGAAUGUGAUCUCAAAUAUGAGAAGAUUGAGGCCCCAAAUGCUUAUGGAGAAGAUGGAGAUUAUGGCUCCGCAAGGAGCACAACUUGUGAACACAAAGGAACUUUAAGUACGCAUGAAGAAAAUGGAGACCAAGGGUCUGGAAGGAGCACUAGUGAUUCUGAAAUGUUUGAAGAUGCUACUGAUAGGCAUAGUUUAGAAAAGUCCAUGCCUAAUCUCACCGAUGACUCUUUUUUCAUUUCUCCGGACUUGUAUGAGUUUUUUCAGUCGUCCCUUCCGAAUAUAGUGAAAGGAUGCCAGUGGGUCUUGUUAUAUAGUACGGUGAGACAUGGUAUUUCCCUUCGAACACUUAUUCGCAAGAGUGCUGAUCUUUCUGGUCCUUGCUUGUUGAUCACUGGAGAUAUGCAAGGUGCUAUAUUUGGUGGGUUGCUAGAGUGCCCCCUGAAACCGACCGCAAAGAGAAAAUAUCAAGGGACAAACCAAACAUUUGUAUUCACAACCAUAUAUGGAGAACCAAGGCUAUUUAGACCAACUGGUAAGCAUUUUAUUUUCAAAUGUGCGAACCGAUAUUUUUACAUGUGUUUAAAUGACUUGCUAGCUGUUGGAGGGGGUGGAAAUUUUGCUUUAUGCUUGGAUGGAGAUCUGUUGACAGGAACUAGUGGACCUUGUGAUACAUUUGGGAACUUGUGUUUGGCUCAUAAUCAAGAGUUCAAGUUAAAGAAUGUUGAGAACAUUCUUUUUGGGGUUGAUUUAUUGCAUCUCCAGCUUCUUUUGAUGGUCUAUCUUUGA